AUGAGAUCAUCAUGCCCAUUGAACAGAUACGGAGAUGAGUGUUCGGGUGACUGUAUUUUCAAAUGUGGCGAAGACUGUAUUGAUAGAGCUACUGGGAAGUGUCCGGAAGGGAACCUGAAAUAUCUUCCACUGAUUCUGUUGGCUGGAUUCGUUCCCUUGCUUCUGAUUUUAGUCCUAAGAAAAAAAGAACGCGUGCACAGCCUUGAGGAAGGUUCCCUGUCCUUCUACCUGGCCGACGUUCUACAGUUGACCAAGAAGCAGAAGUCCACGUCUGAGACGGUCACCGAGACGGCGCUGAUGGAACCCAUCUUCAAGAAGGACACGCCCAGCGAUGACCUGAGCAAGCAGACGACACCGACUUCCAUCACGGCGUCGUCGUUGUUGAAGGAUUGA